CAACCCACCGAACCAUAUUUAAACUGGUUAUAUUGUAAACAAUUCUUGCAAUUCAGUGCAAUGGCGAACAAAAUUGUAGUUAGCUUAUCUCCAGACAUCUAUAGACUAUAAAUUUAAAUGAUAUGUCUACUAGGCUAUAUAUUAAAAACAUGUUUAUGCUUCCAUUUGGUCGAUGUAUUAUUCCUGUGUUGUUAAUUUUAAGUUCCAUACCCGUAAAUGGUUACGACAAAGUUUACAUGGGCCAUGGAACAAAAAGUGGGUACGUGACUUGCCCGCCAGAGGUCAAAAUAAAUAGUAAUGGUGGAGAGAUUAGUGGACUCGUACGUCCAUACGAGAAUGAAUUGAACUGUACCGUGAAAAUAGAGGCCGAACUUGGAUCUAUGAUUAAAAUAAAGAUCGACAAGAUCGACUUCGUUACGGCACAUCCCAGCGAUUGUUACUCCGUUAAACUUCUAAUAUAUGAUGGAGAAUUUUUUGAAAACUCUAACAUUAUUCCUUCGUUUCCCAACGGUCUUUGCAACCAGUCUUUCCCGUCUCAAACACUAAAAACCAGAAGUAAUAUGCUGUCACUACGCUUUGAAGUUACUAAUGAUAUCUCAGUCGAUGUAUCUUUCCAAGUCAUCUACACGUCAUAUACAAAAGUUAAUGAUGGUACUUGCUUCUUUUGUGGCGACACUAAAGAGAUGUGCAUUCCAGAUGAGUUGCGUUGUGAUGGUUUGGAGAACUGCGCAAACUCGUUCGAUGAGGAAGAUUGCAACUCAUUCGUAAACGGUGAACCUGAAGGAGGAAGUAACGCAACGUGGAUUGCUAUAUUUGCCACAAUCGUAGUCAUCCUCUUAGUCGCUUUCAUUGUUUUUCUCUUAGUAUACAAACGACAUGCAUCAACGCAAAAUACAAAUACAUCGAGGGCCGAAGUACAUGUUUACAAUAAUGAUUCUAUAUAUUAUGGACCUAGCACGAGCCAAUGGACACAACCACCGCUUUCUGUAACAAGCUCCCCACCUAGUAAUGCACAAAGGGCAAGCUGUGCACAUGGAUCUGUUGCAGGUUUACCAGAUCAACCACCGUCGUAUGAGCGUUCACUUCAAGAUGCAGCAAACGAGGAUCUUGCUCUUAAAAGGUCACUAGCCCAAGAUUAAUUUAAAGAGAUUAAAUCUUUACCGGUAUAUAAUUUUGUUGAAAAUACAGUAAUUUAACGAAAAGGAUUAGAGGUUAUAGUGGUGCUACUGUAAAUUUUACAACAUAUACCGUAUGCAUUCUUUUAAAUAAUUCUGGAAUUGCAUGUAGAUAAAAAUAGAUUAUAUUUUAUGAGAUUAAAAAAAAAAUGAUUAUAGUUUGUUAAAGAACGAAAAAAGUAAUAAAAAUUUCUACAGUUACUAUUCAAUGGCGGUUUAAGUUUAGAGCACAUACUGAUUGGUUAGUCUUGGUUAACCAGUCAACGACACAAUACAUAAUGUUAUAAUCGUAUCAACGAAAAUUUCCUUUUUCCAAAAUAUGUAUUGUAGUUAUCAUAUUCAAUAUAGCGCACACCAUAACGUUGAAAUGGAAUAUAUUGUAUUUUAAUAUAGGCAUAGUCCUGGCUUUUUACACACACUGGGUAUAUACAAGUUUAUGAAAAAAAGUAAAAUGAUAAGAACUCAGAGAAGGUAGAUGGAAUAUAAUAACUCACGUAAAAAUUAAUGGCUUUGAAGUUAUUAUCAGACUCUCUCUUGUAAUGGAAAUAUAAAAACGUUACAUUUAAGAGUCAAUGACUUUUGUACAAAAAAGCUACGGUACUGAAAGAAAAUAGUCAUCGACUCGGAAAGGUAACAUAUUUUCUAUUUUCCAUGUGAAAUUGUUUAAAAGAGCUGUUGUUAAUAACAUUACACUGGGAAAAUAGCUAUUGACUGUGAUUCUUGUAAAGCCAUUCCGAAAACGUGCUCCUGCAAUUUUAGAUUGCUCCAUUUUGCCAAUGCUGGCUCUAGGAGAGACAUCAGCUUAGCUUCUUUCUUCAUGGCUCAAGUAUCUUGGCCGUGUUUCUGUCAGUGCUAUUAGAAAGACGAACUGAGGCAAAGCCAUGUACGCAUGUAAAAUCAGACUACAGAGAUAAUAAUCUUUCCUCAGUUCGAGAGUUUGCCAAUUCAACGCAUUUAAAAAUCAUCUCGAAUUGUUUUAUACUCACGGUUUUUUUUUUCAUGUGACUAUUCUACCCGAUCUUUUCUGAAGACUUUCUGGCAGGGGACUAUCUCAGACGGAAACAUUGUAUGGUACUAUUAUUGUUUUAUAAAGAGCUUCUAGCAGCUGAGAUAUAUCAAUAAUAAAUACAAUUUUAAAAAGUAA